AUGGAGAAAAUACCGCCGCAAUUAGCUUUCUUCAUUGGGUAUGCUGUGGCGGUAUUCCUAAGCAACACAAAUCACUGGACUGAAUCCAUUGACUUUUAUUUGGAAUGCCUUGCGCUUUGGAAUUCUGUUUCAAAGACGAAGACUUCCCCAGUGAUGAUUCUAAUUGAACGAGUGAUAAGAGAAAAAGUUGUAAAGGGAGGACUCUUCUUUUACGAACGGGGAAAGAUACGUUAUGACCUCGGUCAAGUUAAGGAAUCAAUAAAAUGCUUUGAAAAAGCGCUGACCCUUUUCAGUCAAAUUGGUUCCAAACCAUAUGAGGCAUGGUGUCACUGCCGCUUGGGCAGAUCGCUCCACAUUGCUUGUCAGUAUGAAAGAGCCAUGGAACAUUAUGAAAAGGUUCUCAGUGGUAUUCACGAAAUAUCCUCAAAUGACAUAAGACAAGAGCUCCAAGCAAGAGUGUACAACAACAUCGGUGAGGUCAAGCAUUAUCGUGGAAGAUGUGAGGAAGCUAAAAGCUAUUAUGAGAAAGCUCUUGAGAUUAGCAUUAGAGCAGGAAAUGAGAUAGAUAAAGCAGUAAGCCUCAACAACCUGGGAGUUUUGCAUCAUAACUAUCUGUCUAAACUUGAUGAAGCACUCAACUUCCAUGAAAAAGCACUCGAAAUUCGUAGAAGACUUGGAUGUAGAAGAGUAGAAGGAACGUCCUAUACCAACAUUGGUGGAGUCUAUGAGGCCCGUGGUGACUAUGAAAAGGCAUUGGAAUAUUAUGAAAAAAGCUAUGUAAUUAGUUUAGAAGUCAAAGACAAGGUGCUAGAGGGAAAGAGUCUCUACUUCAUUGGAAAGGUUCAUAAGCUCCUAGGUCAGCUUCAAAAAGCCAUCGAAUGCCACGAAAGAGCCCUAAAAAUCAACCGGGAGACCGGUGUCAAAACAGCUGAAGUUCUCAGUGACCUUGCAAAUCACUAUAUAUCCCUCGGUGAUUACGAGAAAGCAGGUGAUUAUCAUAAAAAAGCUAUUAACAUGUGCAGAGAAAUAGGGGAUAUCGAACACCUGGGAAUUUGCUUAAGCAAUGCCUAUCAACUGCCUCUUUAUCUCGGUGAAUAUGAAAAAACCAAGACAGAUUUAGAAGAGGCUAUAACUUCUCACGAUCGCACUGGAAACAAAUUGUUCUUAGCUACGACACUUUUUAAUAUCAGUAGUGUAUGUGAGUCUGAGGAAGCACGCAAUUACCUAGAGGAAGCUCUAAAAAUCAGUAGAGAAACCCAACACAUACACGCAGAGAUAAUAGCAUUAAGCUCUAGGGGGUCCAUGAAUUUUUCUCUUGGAAAAUAUGAACAAGCCAUUGAGUAUACUGAAAAAGCACUGAAAAUUGCUAAGGAGAUAGGUGAAAAAGAAACAGAAGUGUCUUGUUAUAUUGUCCUCGGUUGUGUAUAUUUCGCUCAAAGUCAGAACGAGAAAGCAAUCUGGUAUCAGAGCAAAGCGCUUGAAAUGAAGAAGGAAAUUGGAAUCAAAGAUCAGUCGCAAAUCGAUGUUCUACAUAUCUUAGGCCAAGCAUAUUCCUCUCAGGGAAACCUUUCGAAGGCGACAGAAACCUUCCGUGAAGGAAUGAAAAUCCACCAAAGUACUCGUUCUUCCCUUAGAGAUGAAACAAACAAGAUUUUAUUGGAUGAUCAGAACCUUUCUUGCUACAAAUCUCUUUCGUGGCUUCUUCUUUGCGAGAGGAAUUUCGACCAAGCCCUUUUCACUCUAGAGGUCGGACGAAGUCGUGCCCUGGUUGAUCUUAUUUCGAAGAAUUACGGAAUCAGCAGGAAUCCUAUUCAAAAUGAGUUAACUCCAAAUGCCCUUCAGAGCUUCUUAAAAGAACAAAAAAAGAACUUUCUCUUCAUAGCAACGUUGAAAAUGAAAAUUUUCUCCUUGUGGUUUGUCGACACAGGAGGACGUGUAAAAUUCAAACAGGUCAAUGUAGACUUGGCAGCGGAGCUAUCAAAAGAAAGAAGUGCCACUGAAGAGCCUGGAAUGGAUACUUCUUCGUCAACUUUGGAUGACCUGCAAUGUGAGGAUCGUUCAUUGGCCUCGCUGUAUGAAAAUGAUGUAUUGGCUUCACGAGAAAAAAAGUUAGAACCAAACAAAGGUUCCGUGAAAAUGCAAAUGAAACAAAUCGGAAGCAAAUCUUACAUUAACCUUUCCUAUAUGGUCAAGUUGUACGCUGCCUUGAUUGCUCCUAUUUUUGAUCUCAUAGACAGCCCGGAGAUCAUCAUAUCCCCAGAACCUGACUUUUUCUUGACACCAUUUGCCUCGUUAAAGGAUGAAAAUGGAAAGUACCUUUCCGAAACUGUGAGGGUCCGCCUCAUCCCGUCACUAACGACACUGAAGCUCAUUCACGACUCGGCAGCCAGUUACCACUCUCAAAGUGGAGCUUUGAUCGUCGGAGAUCCAGCGGUUGGCCGCUGGAUCUCCGAGAUAAAUGGAAGUGUAGAAACUCUGCCUCCAUUGCCUAAAGCCAGAGAAGAAGCGCAGAUGGUAUCAAGGUUGGUGGGAGUGCGCUGUUUGAUAGGAGAGGAGGCCACAAAGGAGGAAGUCCUGAGGAGAAUCCAAGAAGUGAGCUUAGUGCACAUUGCUGCCCAUGGUUAUGAAACCGCCGGGGAAAUAGCUCUUGCUCCCAACAGGUCUGUGGUUGGAGUUCCUUUGAAAGAAGACGUCUGGCUAACAAUGAAUGACAUUGCUCAGGUUGGUAUCAGAGCCAAGCUGGUGGUACUCAGCUGUUGUUAUAGUGCUUGUGGGAAGAUUUCCAAAGCCGAAGGAGUUGUUGGGAUUGCUCGCGCUUUUCUUGGAUCCGGUGCACGUUCAGUUCUGAUGUCAUUGUGGGCUGUCGAUGAUGGAGCUACUAAGACAUUCAUGAACAUAUUCUACAAGUCUUUGAUCCGCGAGAAACUCAGUGCAAGUGAAUCUCUUCACCAGACCAUGAGGAAGAUGCGAGAGUCACAGCUGUACAGUGAUAGGGAGCAUUGGGCUCCAUUUGUGUUACUUGGUGACGAUGUAACUCUCACCUUUUAAGAAGUAAGUAAUUUCGAAACAAGUGAAGUAUCUACGCGGUUUUUCCUUCUGUAGGUUUUACAGCUAAUGAUCCGAAGCAUGAAAAAAUUGAACUUUCGAGCGUUAGCCCUUCGUCUGAGCGAAAGACGAAGGGCUAACGCUCGAAAUGUCAGCUUUUAAACUCGUUAUGGUGGCCAAUUUACGUUAUCAACUCAGUUGGUGAUACAAAAUUACCCCGUUAUACUCUCGCACCGACGCUGCACCACAGUUUCUUUAGAAACUUACCCCUUUUAUUCAUAACAAAGUUGGAUUUGUGUAAGAGUAACCUAGGCCUCAAACUUGGUAUCUUCAGGCCCUGAAGCUCUGACCUCUCGGCCACUCUGCGUGCACCCAAAUCCAGGCCGUCCAAUUUGUAAUAACGCCCAAUACGUUCCGAGUUGAAUUUUUCCCUUUGUUUCUGACCUCUAGAUUGCUUUUUUCUUUCUUGCAGUAACAGUUUUAUCAUAGAUUGAUUUACGUUUCUUUUUUUUCUGAAAAUAAUUCCCAUUUCAUCUGAAUCACAGUAUUUUCCUUGUUCACAGUUUAAAAUUUAUUUUUUUUUAGUUUUUUUUUCUGCUCUUUUACUGAUCAUAUAAGAGGGGGAACAUGAACUCGAGUAUCUCUAAAUAGAACCGCUACCUGUUUCGUCUGUUUGGCCUUAAAAGGUUUAGUGCGGCCACAUGAGACUGGGGCCUUUUUAGGACUGGAAUUUCAGAGCACAUGUCAUGCUAUGUACACAUUAACUUUUGCUGUUUUUCAGGUAACGUGAGAGCACGUUGAGAAGUAUCUUCAGGCUUCCUUGAUUGUUUAUUGGUGACCAGAAUUCUUCUUCCUGCAAGUCCAACAAGUUUCACGAAAUCGAAGCGAGGAAAUCAGUGAUUACGAAUCUGAGCAGAUAUUAAAUGAAGCGCACGAGCAUGGUCACAGUAGCGGUCGUCCAGGGUAUGGAAACCCCCUCUAAUAAAAAAGGGAAAUCGAAUGUUACGCCGAUCAAAACGAAGCUUCAACACCCUCCCCCCCUCUCCCUGAGCAUUUGACUGUCGUCUGUGCCCAGGGGGUGGGGAAUUUGAACCGGAAUUUUCAAUCUCUCCAGCGUAAUACAAGUGUUUUAUCUUUCAAUAUGGAGGUGUUUUAAGGCGAAUUUGAACCAGAAUUUUCAAUCUUUCCAGCGUAAUACAAGUGUUUUAUCUUUCAAUAUGGAGGUGUUUUAAGGCGAAGACUUCACCUUGGCGAGCAAAUGGCUCAGAAGAAAAGGUCCACAAUGUCUAAGUGUUAAAGCUUAGUCGAUAAGUAGAAAGCCACGGUCGCUGAUUUUGCCUUUUACAAUAAAAUAAUCAAAUUGACCAUCAAAUCUGGUCCUUACGUUAAGCAUGUGAACAUGGUUCUGGCCCCAGGAGGUGAAUGGUUCAGCGAACCGAUCUUCUAUAGUUCAAAUUCUCGGAGGGUGUCCAGUGGGGGAGGGGGAUUUGAAGCUUUGAAUUGAUUGAUGCAUAAUUGAUGCAUAACCAUCGGUUACAUAAUUCUCUCUUGAUUGUUAACAAAACGGGCAUCCUCCUUUAAUCAAUACGCGUAAUAACGUCUUAGGAUUUCGUCGGUAAUUAGUAUUAGUAGUGAUGCUCAUAAAUUGCUCGAGUGUUGCCGCGCAAAUUUUGCUUGUUGCGUGACGCAUUUGAUUUACGUAGGAAAAACACUGGAAACUAGAUAAGAGAAAAUCCAACAUGGCGUACAUAUCAAGAGUUCAAGAUUCCAAAAUGGAAACAAAAACGGUGCAACCAUCAUUUCCUUUCAUUUCAUGUUGACUAUUGAUUAGUGGCAUUUGGAUGGAAUAGAUGACUCCGCACUGAGUGAAAAACUUUUAAAAGCUAUCAACGCGUGACAUUCAGAUAACUACUUGAGGUUCAGGUAUACUUGGCUCGGCCUCCCAGACCGCGCGCGAGCGAUAUUGAACGUGGGCUAUAGCUCAACAACCUCUUUUCCAGAGUUCCUCUUCUACCCGCCCA